AUGCAGGGCCAAGGCAUAGCAUGGGAGAAUCUGGUCAAAGACAGGCCCUUGCAGCCCGGCGUUCACAAGCCCUUGCGGCAGCAGAUGAAGCAGCUAGCAGUGGAGGCUGCUAGGGUGAGAGCAGACGGCUUCGAAGCAACCGCCGAAAAAGCGACAGCAGACUUGCGAGCAGCCGAGUCCCAGCUGGGCAGCACGGAAGAGAGGCUCCGCCGAGCCGAAGCUGAUCUGAGUGCUGCUCAGCACGCGUGCCAUGUGGCUCAGGAGCAGAAAGCAGCUGCAGAGAGAGAGAUUCUGCAGCUUCGUUCAGCUUCUUCCAGGGAAAGCGCCUCUGAGUCGCACAGGCUAUUGACGGACUUGACGAUCAAGCUCGCACAGGCUGAAGCGGACACCUCGGAAGCUAGGACUCAGGCGAGCCAAAGCAACGCCGAGAUGCAGCAUUUGAAGGCCGCAUUUGCUGAUACGCGACGUGAGCUUGAGAUUGUCUACAGCAUUCUCUCCCACUCUGAAGGAGUUCAUCAGAACACCCUACAACACCUCAAAGGAACGAUCAGGGAUCGCGAACUGGCCAUGGCGCACUUGCGCCAUCUGCUUGAACGGCUACGCCAGCCACCAGCCCCUGUGCAGGAGGACGAGGGUCUGAAGAAGCAACUGGCAGCCGACACUCCGUCAGCCAGUACGCCUGGGAUUCAGUCCUGCUUGAGUUUGCCGAGCCUCUCAAGCGUGUCCUCACCACAGAGCGUGCAGACGGUGAAAAGUAAGCCAACAGCCAAAGAGAUUGAGGAUCGUAAGAAGCGCUGGACGACCAACUGGCACUAG